AUGGUCGCCUCCCCGGGGCAAGCAUUAUUUCUAACACGGGUGCGCGCUGCGGUGAGCUCCCGCUGCAGCGUGAACGCCACCCAUUUCCUGGGCAAGAUCGAGAUCACGGACCUGGGCAAGAAGAAUAGCAUGUUCCUCCUGUCGGCGACUCUCAACGUCCUCGUCGGCGUGGGGUCGAGCGUGGAGCCUAUCAUGCUGAGCGACUUCGGCGACACGGAGAAGACGAUGGCCUUCAGGCCAUCGUGCAAAUCGGAAAUGAUGGACAACCAGCAGUUCGCGGCCAACGGGUCGUGCGCCGGGCUAGGCUGCUGCUUGGCCGUCCUGCCCUUGCCCACGCAGACGCCGCCGCUCACCAGGUUCGGAGCAGGGUUCAUGCCCCGGCCGAAGAGGCCUCCGUCGACGUGGGAAACCACAACCACUCCGUGCUCCUACGGCAUGGUGGUGGAGAGCUCAAGGUACAACUUCUCUACGCCGGACCUGUACGGCCACGAGGGGCUGUCCGGCAGGCUCAGUAGGGGCGUCCCCGUCGUGCUUGAUUUCGUCAUCAGGAGCAGCGCAGGUACGUCUUCCUCGUGUCCGGUGGAAGGCCGGCAGCGACCUGCGGACUACGCCUGCGUCAGCGGCAACAGCUCCUGCCAUAACGCGACCGGAGGUGGCUACGUCUGCAGGUGCUGGGUUCAUUACCAUGGCAACCCUUACAUCGCCAACGGAUGCCUAGACAUCAAUGAGUGUGAGCUGAGAAAACAGACUGACGAGCUCAGCCUUCGGUAUCCUUGCUCCAGUGACGGGAUUUGUAAGAACAGAGUGGGAGGUUAUGAUUGUCGGUGCAAAUCUGGAAUGAAAGGUGAUGCCAUAAAGGGACACUGCUCAGAGAAGUUUCCCCUACCAGCAAAGGUGGUUGUGGGUCUUGCUGCCUUUAUUGUUGUCUGCGCUCUCAUGGUUAUGUCGCGUCAACUCCUAAAAUUCAAGAGGUUCUAUGAACAAAAUGGUGGUCCAGUACUAAAAGGUGUAAAGAAUAUAAGGAUCUACAGAAGGAAACAACUAAAGCAAAUAACAACUAACUACAAACAUGUUAUUGGAGAGGGCCACUUUGGAAAGGUUUACAUGGGAACUUUGGAUGACAAACAACGUGUGGCUGUAAAGAUUUCCAUCAAAAUUGACAAGGACAUGAAGAAGGAAUUCACUGAUGAGGUUAUAAUCCAGUCUGAAAUGAGGCACAAAAAUAUUGUCAGGCUUCUAGGUUGUUGCUUAGAGGUGGAUGUUCCAAUGUUGGUGUAUGAAUAUGUAGAGAGAGGGAGUCUAUAUGAUGUUCUGUUUGGAUUGAGGCGCAUAGAUCUUAUAUCAGUAGAUACACGCCUUGGAAUUGCUGUUGGGUCAGCCGAAGGACUAGCAUACAUGCAUUCAGCAGUGGAGAGUACACUUCGUCAUGGUGAUGUUAAAUCUGCCAAUAUUCUUCUAGAUCAAAAUUUCACCCCAAAAGUUUCAGACUUUGGGACCACAAGGCUGCUCGUGAGAGGAACUGCAGAGAUGACUGAACGUGUCAUUGGAGAUUUAAGUUACAUAGAUCCAGUAUAUAUGGAACAGGGAGUUGUUACACAAAAGAGUGAUGUCUACAGUUUUGGUGUUAUUCUCAUAGAACUUAUCACUAGGAGGCCUGCCGUGUACGACAAUCAAAGGAGGUAUGUUGCAAACUUUGUUCAAGCUUCUCUUGAUAAAGACGCAGGAAGCUUUGUUGAUAAGGCUAUUACAAGUGAGGGGGAUAUUAAGCUUUUAGAAAUGGUCAGCGAGGUUGCUGUAGAGUGUCUAAAACCUAAUAUAGAAGAGCGUUUGGAUAUGAAACAAGUAGAACAACGCCUCAACCAAAUUAUAGGACAAUCUGCACAAUACUGUCAGAAGACAAACUACCAAGCGGAUCUUAGUCCUGCACCAGAUGAUGUUGCUUUGCUCAAGGAAGACUGAAGUAGCAAUAAUUAAAACAAGUAUGUCAUUAAUUUGCUUCUAUUCUUUGUGUAACUUAUAGCAGUUUUACUGGUUCUGAUAUGUAAAUACAUCAAGUCAUGUACCAUUAUACUAUAUUUGAAGUAGAGUGACAAAUUCAGACA